GAAAGGCCGAAUACGCGGUUACUGGUUCAAAUUCCCUUGAAGCUUAGUUGAACAUGAGCACGAAAAGAGAGUCUGAAGAGGCUAACGGUAUUGAGCUCAAGAAGCGGAAGGUACUUGACACGCUGUCUGAGUCUGGUCCGCUAACUCAAAAGGACGUUGUAUAUUUCCAGAAGGAAGCCAUCUUUAGACAACUUCAGAAGUACAGGUCCGAAGUUAAAGUCAUCAAAGGCGAGUAUGCUCUCCUAGAGACUGAGUUCGAUUCACUGACUUCAAGUUCUAUACUGCUGUCUCAAUGGGUUGACCAGUUCUUGGAAUUUGUAACUGGUGUAUCAACACAAAAAGAUGAUGUUUCUGACCUUGACUUUUUCUUGAGUAUUCCUUCCAGUGUAACUGAUGAGAGCCUCAUUAGCACUUUGAACUCAAAGAAGGAGAAGUUUGUAUCUCUGGUUCAGAGGUUUGGCGGUGCUUUAAGUGCGGAUGCUAAGAAUUCCGUCGCCAGCAUCAAUAAGGAACUCCAUAACGUGUCGGCGAAGUACGAUGCCCUCAAGAUCCAGAACAAAGUGUUAAACAAGAAGCAUGCUAAAUUGCUCGAAGAUUUCAAAGAACUUUCUAAUGAAUUUGAAAGAUCUACCAGCAAAACGCUCGCUAGGGUUUUGAAGCCCAAGGAGGAGCAUACAGAAGACGAGGUCAAGCCAGAGUCUCGUUCCAACAGUGUGAAAGGUGAAACCACCGUAGGACCUAUGCAAGUUGAUGAGAAUCAGCUGGAAGCAUUGACAGCACAAAUUGCAGAACAACAGGCGAUAAUAACUGCUCAAAAGAAUACAAUAUCUGAAAAUAUUGAAAAAUUCAGUAAACUCUCGUCAUCCAUAAAUGUACAGGUCGAUACAGAUGAGAUUGUCAGAAACUCUGACAAAUAUCAACAAUUACAAAAACAGAAAGAUGAUUUGCAAUCUAAACAACUUGAACUUGUUCAGAAGAUAGAACUUUUGGAAAAUGACUUGAAGGAGAGCAAUGACAAUUCAACACAGCAGGAGAAGGCCUUGGAAAAAUUCAACUCCGAGAAGAACAAUCUCAUGAAGGAAUUAGCUGAAACCAAGGAGAAGGAAGAGAGGUUGAGAAAUCAGAGAGAUCUUUACCUCACUGAGAUUGAUGUAUUAAAACAGAAGAACAACUGGAAGGUGAUGAACGAUUUAAAAGAGCUUGUAACUGCGCAGGAGAAGCAGAUUUCAAGCCUAAGUCUAGAAUCCCAGCUGAACAAUAUAGUUCCGAGCGACGCGACAGACUUGGAACAGCUACAGAAGAAGAACGCGUUAUUGCUAAAGGAGAUUUCUGAGUUAGAGAUGGCCUUCCAGCAGUUGCAAUCUGUACGUGUACCAAAGAUCCUCAGUGCUGUGGAGGAAGAGAAAAGAAAGAAAGAGCUGGAUGUGGCAAAGAUCAAAGUCGACUCAAAGUAUAGAAUGCUCAUGGAAGGUGAAAAGUACCAACAGGUGACUCGGGAUAAGCUCGAGACAUCGUUCAAGAUGUUGAAGACUAACUUCGACAAACUUGAGUCUUCACAACAGGAGUAUAAGGUCAAGAUUGAUGCGUUAAACACUGAAUUGACGGAGUUGAAGACACUCUUGGCUAAAAAAGAACUAGAAUUGAAGGAAUAUCGUAUCAAGAAUACCAAUCUCGAAGAAAGGCUCAAGUUGGAAACGACACAGUCAAAGAAGAUUACGCAAGACUUUGCAGUCUUGAAAGAUGAACACGAAUCUCUUUUGAUAACAGAUGCUUCAAAGAGCUCUGAAAAUGCACAACUGAAGUCGAAGCUAUCCUCGCAGGAGAAACUGAUUCAACGAUUCAAGCAAACAGGGUCACUUGAAGAUUCCUCAGAGAUUGAUAACUUCCGUUCUCUGAUAUACUGCUCGUUAUGUUCUAAAAACUGGAAAGACACUGCUAUAAAGACAUGUGGACAUGUCUUUUGUGAAACGUGCGCUAAGGAGAGACUAGCUGCAAGAAUGCGUAAGUGUCCCUCUUGCAACAAACAAUUCAGUUCAAAUGAUCUAUUGACAAUUCAUCUUUGAACGCUCAUCAUGACCAUGUAUUAUAUAUUUCAAAGCAAUAUGAUUUCCAACGACGAUUCAACUCCAUUAGCUGAACAUGAUAAGACUUCAUUGCAGUAUCUACCUCUUAUGUGCAACACGGUUGUAAAAGUUAAUUUCUUUUUCGUUCCCCCGGUUAACCGACCACGUUACCUCGACAACGGGCUUUUUUUUUCGCAAAACCUGCCCCCGUCAAGAAAAAAAGGUGCAAUUUCGCAACUGUGCCGAAAAGAGCAAAUGCAGAUUCAAAAACCAAAAAAACAACAACAAAAGAACACGUCGGGUUUAAAUCCAAAUGAUCACCGGUAAACACCAAAAAAAAACAGAAAAAACAACAGGAAAUAGUCACGAGUCAGCACUUAGUUAUUCGCGACCACCC